CUACCUUCUCUGUCAGUGCUCCCCCCAACCCCCCCCUACCCAGAGCUGGGGCCAGGCCAGGCCAGCUCUUCUGGCAGCAGAGCUGGGGCAGGUGACGGGUUGGCAUCGCCGCUGAGGGAGUGAAGAGGCGCCUGGAAGCAGAGCUGGAAACCCGGGAGAGGUCCAAUCAGAGUCCAAGAGCCGGAGCUACCCCUCAACCAGUCAGCCAUGGGGGAGAUGGAGCAACUACGGCAGGAAGCGGAGCAGCUCAAGAAGCAGAUUGCUGAUGCCCGGAAAGCCUGCGCUGACAUUACUCUGGCAGAGCUGGUGUCAGGCCUAGAGGUCGUUGGAAGAGUCCAGAUGCGGACACGGCGGACGUUAAGGGGACACCUGGCCAAGAUCUAUGCUAUGCACUGGGCCACCGACUCCAAGCUGCUGGUAAGUGCCUCGCAAGACGGGAAGCUGAUCGUGUGGGAUACCUACACCACCAAUAAGGUGCAUGCCAUCCCACUGCGCUCCUCCUGGGUCAUGACCUGUGCCUACGCCCCAUCAGGGAACUUCGUGGCCUGUGGGGGGCUGGACAACAUGUGCUCCAUCUACAGCCUCAAGUCCCGUGAGGGCAAUGUCAAGGUCAGCCGGGAGCUCUCUGCUCACACAGGUUAUCUCUCCUGCUGCCGCUUCCUGGAUGACAACAACAUCGUGACUAGCUCCGGGGACACCACUUGUGCUCUGUGGGAUAUCGAGACCGGGCAGCAGAAGACGGUGUUUGUGGGGCAUACUGGGGACUGCAUGAGUCUGGCUGUCUCUCCUGACUUCAAGCUCUUCAUUUCGGGAGCCUGUGACGCCAGUGCCAAGCUCUGGGAUGUGCGGGAGGGAACCUGUCGGCAGACUUUCACUGGCCAUGAGUCUGACAUCAAUGCUAUCUGCUUCUUCCCCAAUGGAGAGGCCAUCUGCACAGGCUCGGACGAUGCCUCCUGCCGCCUGUUUGACCUGCGGGCAGACCAGGAGCUGACUACCUACUCCCAUGAGAGCAUCAUCUGUGGUAUCACAUCUGUGGCCUUCUCCCUCAGCGGCCGCCUGCUCUUUGCAGGCUAUGACGACUUCAACUGCAACGUCUGGGACUCCAUGAAGUGUGAGCGUGUGGGCAUGCUCUCUGGCCAUGACAACAGGGUCAGCUGCCUGGGGGUCACAGCUGAUGGGAUGGCUGUGGCCACAGGCUCCUGGGACAGCUUCCUCAAAGUCUGGAACUAAGGAGGCUGGAGGAGAGGAGGUAAAAGGCCAUGAAGACAAUCAGCGGCCCCCUCCCCUGCCCCAUUUUCUUUUAAGGUUUUUUUUCUUCUAUGCCCCAGCUGCCACCCCCACCCAGCUUUGUCCUUUGAGGGCAGUGGGGAAAAUGGGGAAUAUGCCUUUGGGAGGCAGCAUCAGGGACACAGGGGCAAAGAACUGCCCCAUCUCCUCCCAUGGCCUCCCCUCUCCAUGGUCCUGCAGCUUCUCCUGUCCUGAGCAAGGAUAACUGGCCCUUCCCCAGCCCUGGGUGGGCCUGGCACGCUUCUGGUCUGAGGCCCCAGGCCCUGGAAUUCCGCCCCCCGCCCCCAGAGCCGCUACCUUUGUCCAGACCUGGGUGGCAGAGGGUGCUCAGUCCUGUGACUAUGGCUCUGGCACACAUUAGGAUCCUGGCCCCCUUCUUCAGGUUUUCUCCACUUUCUACCUUCUUUAUUUCCCUCCUAAAGGACCUGAAAUAAACCGUAGUGCCCGGUGUAUGUCUGUGAUGUUUGGCUUCUGCCCCACUUCUGUUGCCAAAAAGGCACAGGCCCAACUUAAGUAAUGAGGUAUUACAGGUGCAGUGAUAAAGGCUGGGUACCAAACAGCUGGGGGGCAGAAAGUGCGGGGGAGGUGGAAGCCCAAGCCUCAUGGAGAAGGCAAGAGACAGAUAAGGAGAAGGUAUUCUCUAGGUGGCCAGCGGAGCAUCUGUCCAAUGAUUCACUACCACCGGCCCACCUGCAUGUGUAUAGGAAGGUUAUGCUGAGAAGGAAUCCGAUUACAGCAGUACUUGAAUACCAGCGGAGACUUUAUCCUAAGGGCAAUGGGGAGCCACUGAAGAGUUCUGAGCAGAGGAGUCACAUGGUCAGUUGU